AUGAUGAGGUUGAAGACAUAUGCUGGUCUUAGUUUGAUUGCAACUUUGGCUAUUGCAUAUCAUGCAUUUAACAGUAGAGGCCAAUUUUAUCCGGCUAUGGUGUAUCUUUCGACUUCAAAGAUAAGUUUGGUGCUUCUUCUCAAUAUGGGUUUGGUUAUCAUGUGUGUUUUGUGGCAAUUGACAAAGAUGAUAUUCUUGGGUUCGCUUCGAGAGGCUGAGGUUGAUAGGCUUAAUGAGCAAUCGUGGAGGGAGGUUAUGGAGAUUCUCUUUGCGAUUACUAUUUUUAGGCAGGAUUUUUCGGUUACGUUCCUUGCGAUGGUCACUGCGUUGUUGUUAAUUAAGGCUUUGCAUUGGUUGGCUCAGAAGAGAGUAGAGUAUAUUGAGACUACUCCUACCGUGACCAUGUUGUCUCAUAUUCGAAUUGUAUCUUUUAUGGGCUUCCUUCUUCUUCUAGAUAGCGUUUUCUUAUAUAGUUCUUUGAAGCAUUUGAUAGAAACGUGGCAGGCUUCUGUUUCUCUGUUCUUUGCUUUCGAGUACAUGAUACUGGCAACAACAACAGUGUCGAUUUUUGUAAAAUAUAUUUUCUAUGUCAGUGACAUGCUUAUGGAGGGACAGUGGGAAAAGAAACCAGUCUUCACGUUUUACCUGGAACUUAUUAAGGACUUGCUGCACUUGUCCAUGUAUCUGUGCUUCUUCUUUGUUAUUUUUGUAAACUACGGUAUUCCCUUGCACCUAAUACGGGAAUUGUACGAGACAUUUAGGAACUUCAAAGUUCGCAUUGCAGAUUACAUUAGAUAUCGUAAGAUCACUUCAAAUAUGAAUGAUCGCUUUCCAGAUGCAACCCCCGAAGAGCUUGAUGCUAGUGAUGCAACUUGUAUUAUCUGUCGGGAAGAGAUGACUGCUGCUAAGAAACUGAUAUGUGGACACCUUUUUCAUGUCCAUUGCCUUCGAUCAUGGUUAGAGCGACAACAUACUUGCCCUACCUGCAGAGCCUUGGUUGUACCAGCCGAAAAUGGAACAACUGUUGCUGGGGGUCAGCAAGGAGCACAAUCAAAUGGUCAUCGACAGGGUCAAACCGAGCUUGGCAGUGGGGGAGCAACUGAUAGUGUGAGUCGCCAUCAAGCUAGACUCCAAGCAGCUGCUGCAGCAGCUUCAAUAUAUGAGAAGUCUUAUGUUUAUCCCCCGGCAACUUAUUCUGUACGAUCUCCUGGGUACACUACUUAUCCCCCGGUUGCUGAAUCUAGCAGUAUUGAUCUUAAUGGAGAACAAGCUUCCAGUGAGCAAGCACAACAGAAGUUUCAUAACCCUGGUGGGCCAACGAAUGUACCCUUUCCUCUGACAGGACAAUCUCUUCCUUUCCAACCACACGCGGCACCUUCCAAUUAUGGAGUGAGGAUUGGAAAUGAUCGAAAUACCCGAAAGGUUGAGUUUGAAGCUCAUAAACAAAUGUUUCAAGAACAGAUUGAGAUUCUGCAAGAACAUAUACAGAAAAUGGAGACCACCUAUGCUGAAGGAAGUGUAGAUGAUGGCAUGCCAUCAUCAGAAAGCAGAGGCAAGCUUAGUGUUUCCUCGGAGAAUCAAGAGGGAGAAGCAUAA